CGCCAUCUAAAAGUCUUAACACCAUUUCAUGCGUUUGGUCUCACCAGACAUUCUCCAACACCUCUCUCUCUCUCUCACACUCAUAUACACACACAGAAAUGAAUCCUGGACUGUCAGUCUUGGUAUUCAUAUUUUCUCUUUCUUUCUUGCAAGAAAUCUUGGCAGAGAAAGCAUGGAAGAAGACCUGUUGCCAAGGUCUACAAUUAAUGCAGAAGACAUACCAUCAAGUGUUGCUGGUUCUUCAGCCACGCCUGUUCUUUUACUCAGCACCAUAGUCGCCCUCUGCGGUUCUAUGAGCACUGGCUGUGCUUCAGGAUAUUCAUCACCAGCUGAAUCAGGAAUCAUGGAAGAUUUGGAUCUCUCUACGGCAUCUUAUUCAGUUUUUGGUUCAAUAUUGACUAUUGGAGGAGUGAUAGGUGGAUUAAUAAGUGGAAAGAUAGCAGACCUCAUUGGUCGGAGAGGUGCAAUGUGGUUCUCUGAAUUAUUCAUCUUUGCUGGUUGGCUUGCCAUUGCAUUUGCAAAGACUGCUUUUUGGCUGGAUUUUGGAAGACUGUUGGUGGGUUUUGGCAUUGGAAUUAUUUGCUACGUAGUACCAGUAUACAUUGCAGAAAUAACACCCAAGAAUCUUAGGGGACAAUUUACAUCAGCUAAUCAGUUGAUUUUAUGUUCUGGGCUUUCACUAAUAUAUUUCAUUGGAAAUGCUGUUACCUGGCGCACCCUGGCUUUAUUUGGUGCCAUUCCAUCUCUAGUACAACUUGUGGGAUUAUUCUUUAUUCCGGAGUCUCCCAGAUGGUUGGCGAAAAUUGGAAAAGAGAAAGAGCUUGAAACUGUUCUACAACGUCUUAGAGGGAAGAAUGUUGAUAUUUCUCAAGAAGCAGCAUAUAUCAUUGAUUAUACAGAAACCUUUCAACAGCACUCGAAAUCUAGAAUUCUAGACUUGUUCCAGCAGAGAUACACCCAUUCCCUGAUCGUUGGACUUGGGUUGAUGUUACUGCAACAGUUUGCUGGAGUCAAUGCAAUUGCAUUUUAUGCUAGUUCUAUAUUUGAAGAAGCUGGUUUUUCAAGCAGCAUUGGGACUAUCUCAAUGGCAAUUAUCCAGAUUCCAGCUACUGCCUUAAGUGUAUUCUUGACAGAUAAAUCAGGAAGACGGCCACUUCUUAUGGUCUCUGCCGCUGGAAUGUGCUUAAGUACCUUCCUUGUAGGCUUGGCAUUUGCCUUUCAGGAGAACACCCAGUUGAAGGAGCUCUCUCCAAUCUUGGUGUUCAUUGGGAUCCUGGGUUUUAGCGUAGCUUAUUCAUUAGGCAUGGCAGGAUUACCCUGGGUUAUAAUGUCAGAGAUAUUCCCUAUAAAUGUCAAGGGUACUGGUGGAAGCCUUCUGACUUUGGUGAAUUGGUCUUGUUCUUGGAUUAUUUCAUACUCUUAUAAUUACAUGACCGAAUGGAGUACUGCAGGAACAUUUUUCAUCUACACGGGCAUUUGUGGUUUGACUGUUCUAUUCGUCGCGAAAGUCGUACCAGAGACCAAGGGGUGAGCUCUAGAAGAAUUACAAGCAUCAAUUAAUCAUUUUCUCUAAACAAACAAAGUCAAAGUAAUGAUAGUUAAAGUUCAUGUCAUUCAUAGUGUAUUAUAAUUGGAGUAAUGUUAUUACAAAAAUUUGGAAGAAAUCAGUUAAAAAU